GUAUAUGCUGGACCUCACGGCAUCUACCUGAGUCCUUACACUUUACUAAUACAUCGAUGGAGGCUGCCUUGUCCGGACAAAAGUCGCUGCGCCUCCCUUACGUCGACAUCUUACUACCCAAUGAUCGGUAUGAGCGUGAUAGGCUCAACCUACACCACGAGAUCAUCAAACAAGCUUUCGGACGCAUCCUCUUCCCGCCAAUAAGGCUUGGGGGCAAUGAUCGAGUGCUGGACUGUGGUACUGGCUCAGGGGCCUGGGUAACCAACGUCGCCAACAACGUACCACCCACCGUUCACCUGUACGGCAUCGACAUCGAUCCAUUCAGCUUCCCCGAGAGACAUCCACCCAAUGCUCACUUCCUCGUGCAGUCCACCCUCGACAUGCCGGCCGAAUGGUCGAACACGUUCACCCUGGCCAAUCAGCGCAUGCUCGUCAGCGCGUUCUCCCAGAAAGACUGGCACAGAUCUGCACAGGAGACGUUCCGGGUGCUCAAGCCAGGCGGGUACGUGCAGCUGCUCGAGCUAGACGCACGCCUCCACCAAGUCCUUGCCCUUGGCCCACGCUCAAGACGGCUGGAAGAGGUUGCAAAUGCGAUCUGGCACGAGCGCGGGAUGUUGACGGAUCCGGCUUCUGUUCUCCCGGAUGUAUUGACGGAGUGUGGGUUUGAGAACGUGGUGAUCGAAACGCGGGACGUGCCGGUGAACAGGAGGAGCGGGGCAAUGGGUGCGUUGCACUUGUACAACAUCAGCCAGGCGUAUAGGGAAAUGGGGGAAGCUAUCGUGCGAGCCGGGGGGUACGGGAUUGUCAGUAGCCUGCGCGAGUUUACCGACCUUGUGGUCGCAGCUCGAGAAGAGUGGGCUGAGAACGAAGCUGCCGUUGCAACGUUCGUGAUGGUUUAUGGGAGAAAACCACUUUUAACGUUGGAAAGCGGCUAAGAUGAUGGUUGGUUGAUGGAGUCGGAUGGACGAUGUUAGUUAGUUCACUGAUGGACGAGACACGCCACCAGUCAUUGCUCAUAUACUUAAAGCUAUGGUAGUGUCAUAUUCAUAUGCAAAUGCAGUAGCAUACUCAG